UCACUGACCAGGUUUAUAAACCUGGAGAGAGCGACUCCAACAUCACGAAGCGAGGCAUCUGGAUCGUAAGAGCUGGAAUCUAGUCAACAGUUUGUCCGUGCGCGCUGGAGAAAUGUUUCUGAGCAAAGCGAAGAAGACUUAUCCGGACUCCUCGUGCUCUUUGCCUGGGGACCCCGGCUCCAGCAAACCCACCGAUGCCCCGAUGGACAGCAGCGCACAGGGCUCGUUCGUUCCGACGGUCACCGCGAUCUCCAGCACGCCAGACCUGCAGUGGAUGGUCCAGCCGACCAUCAUCACGUCUGAGUCUCCGUCUCUGUGUAGAGCCGAAAGCAGUGAACCGGCAAAGAGCAAAGCAGCUGGGAACAAGGGGAAAUGCGCUGCCAGAAAGAGCAAGAGCGAGCAGCUCUCUCCGGAGGAAGAGGAGAAGAAGAGGAUCAGGAGAGAGAGGAAUAAAAUGGCUGCAGCGAAGUGUCGCAACAGACGGAGAGAACUCACCGACACCCUCCAGGCAUCUGUGGCCAAUGAUCUCGAACCUUUGAGCACGCCGGUGGUGAGCACAUUCACACCCACCUGCAGCAACUACCUGUCCGUAUUUACCUUCGCCUGCCCAGAGCUGGACUCCCUGGCCGAGGGACUGGAGGGCUGCAAGGGUGGCGUGACCAAAGCAGAAACUAGCGUCGACAUCCUCAACUCUCCCACCCUUCUUGCCUUAUAAAUGCAAGCGUAGAUGAUGUAAUGUCACAACGACGUUGUUCUUAAUAUCUAUUGGAUAUCGCGGUGUUAUGAUGUCCAGGUGUGUGAUGUUGGUGUGAAGCCAGCUGUUCGAUGGCUGCAUCCGUGUAAUGUGUGCGGGACGGGUGUUUACUUUCUUCCAGAGACAUUUGAUGUAGCCCAAAUACAAGAGCAUGGAUAAUUAUCUUAUGAGCAGAUAUGAACUAUGUUCUGGUUUGAAAAGCAUGCAUGAGACAACUAUAUAUAGAUAUAUAUACA